CUGAACCUUUCACUUUCGUUUCUCUCUUCCUCGGCCAGCGAUGGCGUCUGCUGCUCUGAGUGCAGAGCUGGAAUGUUCCGUCUGUCUGAACAUUUAUACGGAUCCUGUAAACCUGAGUUGUGGACACAGCUUCUGCCGGGUCUGCAUAGAUCAUGUGCUGGAUACACAGGAGAGGUCCGGACGGUACUCCUGUCCUGCAUGUAGAGAAGGGUUCCGGAAGCGGCCUGCACUACAAAGGAACAUAACAUUGCGGAGCAUCGCGGAGACCUUCCAGGCUGCGCAGCCAGGUCAGGCGGUGAGUGGGAACGUCUGUACUUACUGCAUUGACUUUCCCGUAUCGGCUGCGAAGUGUUGUCUGCUGUGUGAGUCUUACAUCUGUGAGGACCACCUGAGAGUCCACAGCAAGUCACCAGAACACGUCUUAUGUGACCCCACCACUUCCCUGGAGAAGAGGAAAUGCCUUAUUCAUAGGAAGGUUCUGGAAUAUUACUGCACCGUGGAUGCCGCUUGUAUCUGUGUGGGCUGCAGCUUGGCCGGGGAACACCGGGGUCACCAGGUGGAGACGUUGGGUGAGGCCUCCAUGAAGGAGAAACAAGAACUCAGAAAUCUUCUACAGUCACUGACCACAAAGAGGGAGGAGAUGGAGGAAAGAGUCCGGAGUCUGGAGGAACACAGGAGGAACGCAGAAAACAAGGCAUAUGAUGUGACGGAGAGGGUCGACGUCCUAUUCCGGGACCUCAGGAGACGUCUGGAGGACCUGGAGAAGAAGGUCCUGGAUGGGAUCAUUGAUCGGGCACAGCGGGUUUCGGUAUCAUUGUCUGAUCAGAUCCAAAAGCUGGAAAUAAAGAAGGAGGAGCUAUCCAGGAGGAUGCGUCACAUCGAGGAGCUGUGUAACGUGACGGACCCCCUGACCCUCCUCCAGGGAUCAGACACACGGGACUUCUAUGAUGGUGAGGAUGGAGAUCAGAUCCUCCAUGAUGGAGGGGAUCUGGAUGUGACCAGGAUCCUCCACACAUUAUACACGGGGCUCUCCGAUAUGACAACCAUGGAACAUGUAUGCUUCAAUAUACAGGAGGCUGCAGACCUGCUAUUGGACGAGAACACGGCCCACAGCAAUCUGCUCCUAUCAGAGGAUAUGAAGACCGCGUCGUGGUUGGAUAUAAAGCUGGAACGGCCAGAGGCCCCGGACAGAUUCCAGAAUCGCGCUCAGGUGUUGAGCCGUCAGAGAUUUUCCUCGGGGAGACAUUAUUGGGAAGUGGAUGUCGGUAAAUCGCAGCACUGGAUAGUCGGGAUGUGUUACCCCAGUAUAGAGAGGGCCGGGUGGGCGCGGUCCCGGAUUGGGAAUAACCAGCGGUCCUGGGGUUUGCUAAGACACGAGAACCAGUAUGUGGUCACACAUAACGGGAAAGAGAUCCAAUUACCGUGCGACAUCACCAGCCGUACCGUCCGGGUCUACCUGGAUUAUGAGGCCGGGCGGAUCUCCUUUUAUGAUCUGUGCGACCCCAUCCGACACCUCCACACCUUCACCGCCACCUUCACCGAGCCCCUCCAUGCUGGGGUAUGGUUGUUGGAUGGAGGGGUGAAGAUAUUGGGGGGCGGGCAGUAAAGGGGAGAGGUGAGCCCCCCCGAUAUCCCAGAGCCUGGUGAUCAGCCAAUCAGGUGAACUGCCCCGGGUUUGAUUAGAGCGCAACUUGGCGAAUUUCAAAGACGUUUUUAUGCCAAACCCGAAAUCAAUGGGCGGCAAAUCUGCCAAAUUUUUAU